UGACAAAUGCAACUUUUACUUCCCGCUGAGUUCGUUCUCCGUCUCCACGCGAGAUCUUUUGGGUUUUAGCAAUAUUCUUGCUUAGUGCCUGUGUUCACUUGUAUCUUCCGUUAAUUUUUCCGAAAAGCUUAUUUGCAAUUUGCAGUCGUAUAUCUCCGAGGGAUAUAUUUUGUUUGUCGUAUGUCCAUCCAGAAUCUCAACACAUUCGACCCCUUUGCAGAUGCAAUCAAGGGUUCAGAUGAUGAUGUCCAGGACGGUCUCGUGCAUAUAAGGAUUCAGCAACGGAAUGGUCGCAAGACCUUAACAACGGUACAAGGACUCUCUUCUGAAUAUGACUUGAAGAAAAUUGUUCGAGCAUGUAAAAAGGAGUUUGCCUGCAAUGGGACAGUAAUUGAGCACCCGGAGUACGGGGAGGUAUUACAGCUGCAGGGGGACCAGCGAGAAAAUAUAUGCCAGUGGCUAACUAAAUCAGGUCUGGCAAAACCUGACCAGCUCAAGGUUCACGGUUUCUAAUAAGCAAACCACCGAUGCCACUAUCUAAUACAAUUCCAUCUACGCCAUCACUAUUUCAUCUCAAAUUAUCUGUAUCGGUCACUAUCUGUUGACACUUCGUGGGACAUCCUAUUAUAUAUACGCAUAUAUAUUUCAGUAAUAAAAAAAAGAAAAACAAAUAUACAAAAAAAAAAGAAAAGAAAAUAUAUAUAUAUAAAACAGUACCGUUAUAUAGGCACAUUUUAAUCCGAAUUUCGGUACUUGAAGUAAUAUUUUACAGAUUUUAUGCUAGGUGCUCAGCUCGAUUUUCUCAUAAUUAAAGUAAUAGCGAUAAAUAAUAGAAUUUGACGAAGCUCUACGUACAUGAGAUAGAUACAGGUAGAAAAUUGGAUGGAUCUUAAUUUUGAUGUUAGAUAGUAUGUAUCUGGGCGCCAUAGACGUGUUCAGAGAGGUCGAUUCAAGUUCUCCUAGGGUUCUGAUUGGCUUCUCAUUAAAAAAAAAAAACAACAACAACAAAAAAAUAAAAUAAAACUCUACAGCUUUGCUUCACUUUUUUCCCCUAUAUAAUAAGGACCAUAGUUUUGUGCUUGAGACUUGAUCAAUUUUUUUCCUCAAACUUUUGUGCCUUUUUAUUCCAUUGAUUGUAUUAGUUGUAAAUGACGUUGAAAAUAAUGUAAAACAAAAAACGCCACACUUUUUUUUCGGCGUAAUUGUUUCACUUUCUGUCUAAAACAAUAUAUUGGUAUAUAAAUAAUUGUUUUUGUCUUUGAAAAAAAUAUGUGGCUGUUCUAAUUAAAUAAAUGGCAAUUCAUCAGUUUAA